CUUCCUGAGACUAUUGUUACUUGAUUCCUUGCCUGAUGCAUCUCAGCAUAAACUGAUCUCGAGUCUGGACAUUGGAAAUAACGUUGGAUGGUUCUGGGAUUCGUUGUGUUGGCCCAGGGGAAGUCACUAAAGACAAGAUUGAAAAUAUGCCUUCAUGAAAAAAUCUCUACCAGACUGAUCCUGCCUUGGCUUUAAGAUAAAAAGAUGGCCUAUCACAAAGUGAAUGCAGACCAGAGAGCACAGGGACACUCCCCGUACCUUGACAACGAUGACCUCCAAGCCACAGCACUGGAACUGGAAUGGGACAUGGAAAAAGAGCUGGAGGAACCUGGUUUUGACCAUUUCCGAUUGGAUGGUGCAAUCCAGCAUCACCGAGGAAACUCACAGAGCCCUGACCUUGAUCUUGAGCCCAUCCAGCCAUCAUCUUCUCCAAAGGGAAGAUUCCAGCGGCUCCAGGAAGACCCUGAGUACAUCUCACACUAUACAAGACAGGCACCAAAGAGCAACCGCUGCAAUUUUUAUCAGAUACUGAAAGUAUUUUGCACUGCUUUGAUUUUAUUUAUUUUUGGAAUUGUAAUAGGAUAUUAUGCACGCAAGAAAUGCCUUUCUCCCCCAACAUCUCAAGAAGCAAAUAACCUUCAUAUCUACCGUGAAAUUCUCAAGGACAUCAAAGCUGAAAACAUUCAACAGAUUUACAGAGAUUUGUUACAGUUCCCUAGAGAAGAUGAUGUAGAUAUUGCAAUGAAAAUUCUGGUUCAAUGGACUUCCCAAGGCCUUGAAGAUGUCCAGGUGGUAAAUUACUCUGUUUUGCUUGACCUACCUGGCUCUUCUUCAAACACAGUAACUCUGAAAAACAGUGGUGAAUGCUUUCAUCCUAGUGGACAACAGUGCAACAGAGAGACCAAAAUGCUUCAUGGCCACGACCUUCUCUACUCAUAUGCAGCUUACUCUGCCAAAGGAACUCUUGAGGCUGAGCUUGUUGAUAUGCAGUAUGGGACUGUGGAAGACUUGAUCCGGAUUCAAGCCAUUACAAAUGUGACCAAAAAAAUUGCACUUUUGAAGCUGGGACAAUCACCUCUGCUUUAUAAGCUUUCUCUUUUAGAAGAUGCUGGGUUUGGUGGUGCUCUUCUUUACGUUGAUCCUUGUGACUUACCAAAGACUACAGAUCUUACUGACAAAGCUUUUAUGGUUUCCUUGAACAGUGGAGGAGAUCCAUCAACACCUGGUUAUGCCAGUAUUGAUGGAAGUUACAGACAAAAUCGACUGAACCUCACAACACUGUUGGUACAACCAAUUUCUGCAGUGCUUGCCAAAAAACUAAUUUCCUUACCUGAGGAGACUGUCCAAAAUGACAGGUGUAUACCCCUCCAAAUGCCAGCUACAGGUAAUGCAGGCAAAAAAAUAAUCAGUUUGAAUAUUCAAUCAAUCACAACUUACAAGACAAUUUCUAAUGUUAUUGGCUAUAUAAAAGGAACGGUUUUUCCUGACAGAUACGUCAUUAUUGGUAGUCACCACAGCAGUUUGAAUAUAUAUGGUGGACAAGAAUGGGCCAGUAGCACUGCUAUCAUCACAGCAUUUAUACAAGCCUUGAUGCUGAAGGUUAAGAGAGGCUGGAGACCUGAUCGGACCAUUGUUUUCUGCUCAUGGGGAGGAACUUCCUUUGGGAACAUUGGUUCAUAUGAAUGGGCAGAGGAUCUGAAGAGAGUUCUUCAAAGAAAUGUUGUGGCAUACAUUAGCCUCCAUAGUCCGGUCAGAGGCAACUCAACUUUAUACCCUGUUGCAUCCCCUUCUCUCCAGCAACUGGCAGCAGAGAGCCAGAGCUUCAACUGUGUGGAAAAAACUAAAUGUUCAGGAUCUAAUGUGAGUUCUGUGCAGAUACAGGGAGAUUCAGAUUAUUUCAUCAACCAUCUUGGAGUACCUGCCACGCAGUUUUCUUACGAGGACGUCAAAACAUCAGAGAAUUCUAGCUUUCUCUCAGAAGCUCUUUUUCCUGUACAUACAACAAAAACGGAAGAGCUGGAUCCCUCCUUCAGCCUGCAUGAGACCAUUGCAAAGCUAACAGGACAAGUGACUUUGCAAAUUGCCAAUGAACCAGUUUUGCCGUUUAAUGCCCUCGACGUCGCAUUAGAAGUUCAGAACAGUCUUAAAGGUGAUGAAGUAGACGUUCCUCAGCUGCUUGCAGUGGCCUCACGCCUGAGGGACACUGCGGAAUUGUUCGAGUCCGAUGAGAUGCGCCCAGCUAAUGACCCGAAGGAGCGAGCUCCUCUCAGAGUCAGGAUGCUCAAUGAUGUGCUACAAAGCUUGGAGAAAAGCUUCCUGGUUCAUCGAGCUCCACCAGGACUUUACAGAAAUAUUCUUUACAGACUAGAUGAAAGGACAAGCCAGUUUUCAGUACUGCUAGAGGCACUGGAGCACUGCAAACUACAUCAGUCAAAUGAGACCAUUCAAGCAGCCUUGUCAGAGGUGCUGAACACCAUCAAUUCAGCUCAGGCUUACUUCAAAGCAGGACUGGAUGUGUUUGAGGCUACGUUAGCUGGAAAGAAAUGAGAGGAUUCUCUGCAUUCUAAGAUGCUUGUUUACAGCUUGCUAAACAAAAGUUCGACUUGGACCAGAAUUUCUCUGAGGAUGAAACCUUUCUCAACUUUUCUUUCAGUUGAUGCUUAAAGGUACCACAAUGCAUGUUUUUAUAAAUAUGAAACAGUCUUUUGAACUGUUGACAGCAUAUCUCAAAUGUCUGUUUCUGAAUGUAUAAAACAUGAGAGGGAAUAACAUUUAAAAUAUGAUUUUUUGAAGGACAUCUGCUGUAUUUUUGUAUGUAAAAUAUAUUUUUAUGAAGAUUUCAAUCUUGUAAAGUACCAAGCACAUCCUGUAAUAUGGUGAAGACCUGGUUCUGAGUCGCCCUAGAUGUACAUGCAGGUGAGCUUUCCAUGCCUACUCAGUUAGAAAAAUGUGACUUAAUUAUACUCCUGUGUUUCUUAACUUCCUCAGCAAACUCAUCUUCCUUACUUCUUUCAGAGUAAGUAGUUAAAGGAUAUGGCAUUUCCUUGGGUAUCCAGCACUGGAGUUAAUCAGGAAAUGCACAAAACACCCUUGCCAGUGCAAUUCAACAUCUUAACACCUGUGGAGCAAUAAAUACCUCAGUUCUGAGAAUACAGAAAAACUUUUAUUAUCCCAUUUCUGUCUGAAAAAGAGUUGUUUUCUCUAGUAAUUCUUGGAGAUAAGUUUUUUUGUGAUUAUUUUAGAUUACUUGAAAAGUUUAAAUCAGUAGCUACACUUGUACAAAAAUAACUUUUAAACUUUAUGCUAAGUUAAAGAACUGCCUAGUCUUCUAAGGCUGCAAGCCUUACAAGCUUAUACAUUGUCAAAACAGCUCACUUCAAGGUCUCCCUAAAUUUCCUGAAGCACUAAAAGAAAAAAAGACCUCCGAGUUCUGGGAACAUUUUUGGGGUUCCACCACUAUUCCAAGCUGGAUCAUUCUAUCAGUAGUGCCUGGCAUAUAGGACCUGGAUUGUUGUAAAAAAGCACAAGCAAAACAUUUUUUUUCCCCACUGUAGAAGCAGGAAUUCACCUCUGAAGGCACAAGCUGGUAAAGCACAAUGUGGGGCUAAAAAUCAAAUCUGCUUUGCGUUGGUGGAAGCCCUCUACAAAGGCUGUAAUCUCACCAUCACCUUGUUGGCCUGAAGUAAUGUGUGAAUGAAAGGAUCAGGAGAUUCAGUGUCCUGACCUCUAAGGGAAUAAUAGAGAACUGCAGAUCUUCAUAAGAUAAACCUUUGAAAUCGUUAAGUCCUAUUUGGUUUAGAGUUUUACAAUCUCAGAUGAUGCUGGUGUUAGAGCUUAAAAAAUUAAUUUUAUAUAGAUACUUAGAAUUUGAAUAUAAUUAAUUUGAUUGAAAUGUUAAAAGCAUUGUUACCCAGUUUGCCAUGGAAACAUUACAGAAACAUUUCUAGUCACAAUAAAAAUAGGAAAAGUAUCUGUAUUAAUAUAAAAAAAAUUGCCUUCAGGAAAAUGUUGAAGUGUACAAUUUGGUGAAAAGGGUGACAGUUCAUGAAGCACUACAAGACUUUUUGAAGUGCUGUUUCACAUAGCAAGAAAUGAAAAUUGUUUGCAGAUCUGGGUUUCUAUUUCUAAACGUCCUCGGCAAAUGGGCCUUUAUUAGCAGUGCCCCAGGACCAGGUACAUGCAGCUAUGAUUUUGUUACGUUUCUUUGCAAGUUAUUCUCAUAACAUGGGCAAAAGCAUCCCAGGUCUGAGCAGAGGUGGGGCUGUGCAGUUGUACAGCUACAACUGAAGUGGGAAUAUGUUCAGUAUCAGUCAGCGUGAUUGCAUGAAUUUAGAAUAUAUUAUCUCUUACCUUCACUUGGAAUCUGAUAAGGAAGGGUAUCUAAUUAUUCUUUUGCUAAUGCUGUUGCCAGUUCUUUUUACUGCAAAAGGAAUUUGACUUCUGAGGAGUAGUAUUUUUUUACAAUGUUUGUUCAUUCCCUUGUUUCCAUAGUUUUUUAUUAUUGUAAUAUUUAAGUGGUUGGAAUAGCCACAUUUUAGUUGUAUGUUUAUUUUGUGAUAGUAUUUGGGGAUGUACUGUGCUCAGUACAUUUGAAUUGUGUUUUCUGAUAGGGACCACUCUUCCAACAGUUCAUUUAGUAAAAUCUUUUCUUUAGGGUGCUGACUUGCUAUGGAGCCAGUCUGUGGUCUUAAAAGAUAGAGGGUCAGGUACCAUGAAGAGACCAAAGAUUGAGAUGAACACUUUCUUUAACUCUGCCAGGUGAAUUGUAGAACUGCUUCCUCAGUCUUAGUAUUUAUUUUCUGCCAAAACCACCUCUAAUGUAACCAAAGUCUACUCAAGCAAAAUGGGUGAAAUCUGUUGGGAAGAGUAUCCAAGUAUGAUUUCUUAACCACAUAAUUCCUCAAGAAAACAGUUAUUUAUUUUUUUUACUGAUGUCCUUACGUAACCACUUUUAAAAUACCAGACUUGGAAUUACUCCACCAUAAAUGCUCGUCUAUUCAAGAGACAAUCUUAUAUUCUUGUUGGUGACUUCAGUGCAUUGAAUGUCAUCUCCCACUUCUAGCUUUCUAGGUUUUUCAAAUGUUCAGAUCUUACAUAUGAGUGGGUGCUCAGUGAUAAUAUUUGCACCAUUAUAGCUUUGGAAAAGACACUUUUUGAGCCAUAUUCUUCCAUUGAUUUUUAAAGUCUAUCUAUUGACUUAAAAAAUGUAUAGGAAGGUAAGGUCGUAAAUACCUGGUGUGUUUCUAACAUAGAAUUUUUGCUCAGCCAGCUUUGGAACAUCAGCUAGAGCAAGGCAUUAGUAAGUCAUAGUAGCUUAUCCAGAUUUAAUUCAUUUCUAUAUUGGAUUGAAAUAAACAGUGCCAUUAACAGCAGAAGUAUAUUUUCAAAUUGCCUGAAUAAUACUAAAAAUUUGUUACCUUUUCAGAAACGUGGAGUGCCAGAGACAGAUAACAAAUGCAUUGAUUGCUAAGUAAUCUAGAGUCAUGCUCACAGUGACCAGAACAUCCGUUCAGUUUUACAAUAUUUGUAUAUUGAGACAGUUGAUAAUAAAAUGCUAAUAAGAUUUUAUUAGUUCGUAUUUUAAAGACUCUGUAAAGAAGCUAAAGUACAGUCAACUCACAUGAGUACUAAGUACAUGGGAGCUGGAUUUGGAGUAUUAACCUUUAAACAGGCAGUGAAUUGCUUUUAUCAUCCAAGAAAAACAAGACUAUUUUGAUAUACAGUAUCUGUGCAAAUAUACAAAUAUGCAAAUGCCUUUUAUCUUCAAAGUGUUGUACAGAUACAAAUUGACUUGCAGUGCUAUGGUACAUCUACAUAAACUUAGAUGUAAAUAAUAGCUUAAUGAGAAAAUUAGCAAACAGUUUGCACUGCUUCACUUACCUUUUAGGAAAGUAUUUCAGCCUAGUGGUGUAAAAGAGGUCACGUCAUCUGGCCCCAGUUCUUGCAGCAGUAGGUGAGGAAAGUUUGUCUCUCAGUUAUCACAGAAUGGAUCUCUGGAAGUCAUGUAGUCUAACCUCCCUGCUCAAGCAGGGUCACAUAGACCAAAUUGCCCAGGAAGGACUAUAUUCGGAUUUGAAUUACUUGAAGUUGAAUUACUGAAAGUUUGAAUUACUUAAAAUUGGUUUUGUUGCAAACAUUGAAAAGAUAACCAUAGUUUCAUUCAGUGAAAACUGCUGGCCAAGGUCUGUAAGAUUUCACAGUUAAUAUGUUGGAAAGUCUGUGUAAGUAGAUUUGUCCUCCAAGCCAUGGAGUUUAUUUUUAAGUUGUAGAGCCUAAUGUCUCUGUCAUUUGAGGUCUCUGUGUAUGGUCCCUGGUUUUCAGUCAUAGGAUUUCUAUCUAAGUAAAGAGAACCAUUGAGAACAAAAGAUGGAUUAGAAAAUGCAGGGAGAAAAAAUGUCCAUCAGCAUAUGGGUAACUAUGUGCUCCUAAUGUGUCUAGUUCCACCAAACUUUGGGAGCUCAGUGUGAUUCUAUGGCUUGUGUUGUGCAGAGAGUCAGGCAAGGUAAUUGUAUGUGUCACUCUGGCUUUAAAAGCUAUUAAAUACUAUAAACACAGUUGUGUCUGGGCCUGUAUUCUCAAGGUAGCAGUUGAGUUUUUCCCCAAAAGCCUGAUGUCACAAGGUAUUAUCUGUGUGGCUCAGAAAUGGGCACAUCUGAUAUACAUUACAGUUGCUGUCUCAGGAAACAAGCACACUGCUUGUCCUGACAACUUUUUUCUCAGUCAUUCCUGCUACCAUGAGGGUACUAUUCCACAUGAAUGAGGUCAGCAGAAUAUGACCACUAUCUUUGGAAUUUCCCAAAUUAUUUGAUAUCAGAAUAUUGUUUAUUUGUGUUUAGACUAUUCUUUUUACUCUCUCAAUAUAGAUUAUUACAAGCAAGAAUAUAUGUUUCCAAAAAUGGGCAGAAGUCUCUUGGUCAAUGUUAGGUAAACCCACAAGGCAGAACAGAAUUGUGUAUGGACAAGUGUGGCAUUAUAAUCUACUAUUAACUUAGUAGCUAUUAUAAAUGUUGUCACAGAUUAACACACACAUUCUCUUUUGAGCUUCACGGAUUGGAAUUAAUACAAGGGCUUAAUGUAAGAAAUGUAAUCAGAAUAUAGGCAUGGAACAACUUUUUUUGCUAUGUAAAUGUAGUGUAUGCUUACUCAUCUGUCUGAUCCAUUUGGUUAAAAAAAAAAUAAAAAUAUUAGUGUUUUGUUUAAGCUGCUUUUCUCUUAUUUUCCAACAGGUCUUUGAAAAUGAAGUCUUGGGUUUUUUUGGGUUUUUUUGUUUGUUUGUUUUUUCUUUUAACUGUGGGCUGCCUUUAGUGUUUGUUAAAAGCUUAUCAUGUGUUAAGACAGUGUAACGCCUUUUUGAUCAUUCCUGGAUUAUUUGAUAAACUUCAAAGUGUUAUUUCAAAGCAUGGUCUUUGGAAGAAGGCCCUUUACUGACCAGUUAAUGUAUGUGGUACUGUAUGCUUGAGUGGCUGCCUUUACCAUGCAGUGCUAUAGGUACGCAAUGUGAUGUUUUGGGGCAGCAAUUUAAGAGAGCAUUUUAUUUAAGAGUACUGCAGACACCUGCUAAUUUUCCCCCACUUGAAACUCUUCUCUCCUGAGCGUACUGGUGAUAUAGCAAUGUAACACCAACUUCUCUUAGCACUUGCUACAAGCUCUUACUACAGGUGACGGGUUAGGAGGUUGCCUGACCUGUCCGUGUGUUUCCACAGUUUUUAAUUAGUGUCCCAUGUAGCCGCACUCAGCUUUUAUGUAACAUGGUCCUCAAACUGGAGUGAAUGGCACCAAGGUGAGAUGAAUAGGUCUGACUGCUGCAUUAGCUUGCUACAGAAACUGCUGUUGCCCCUAUCUUAAAAAAGUUAAAUAUUAUAAUUAGUAGGUGCUUCCCAGACUGUUGGUGUUUUCAGCCUAUAUACUGAGGAUUCUGGAAAAGUGCUGGAACACUGGGGUUUUUUCAUGCAGUUUCAUUUCCUGUUCUCAACAGCUGGAACAUUUUGUAGUCUAUGAAUCCACUAGAGGAGAAAUAAGGAGAUACUUAAUAUUUCAUACUUAAAGCAGAUAAGAUGAAUGCUAAUGCCCUUUGUAUUCCAUUUGCAACAUACUCUUAUCACAUGCAUUAUGAUUUGGUAUCCUGAGACAAAUAGAAACUGAAUAGGAUUCCAUACCCGGAGGAAGUUUAGUGAAUUCAGGGAAUACUUCACACUUGUGUACCUUAGCUGUUUGCAUAUAGUGAGAAAAAGCACCAGUGAAGAUACUUGGAACAGAUACUUUGGGGGUUUUAGUACAGGUCUGGAAAACAGUACUCUUCUGCAUAAGGCCAGAUAUUAGCAUUGCAUUCAUACCUAGCUGCGUGGUAAUGUAUUGUGUCCUCAUAGCUGUACCUUUCAGGAUUAAUGCUGAAAUCAGUAAUCAUGUUAGUCUCAAAAUGAGAUACUACUUUUAUGUCACAUAACAAUUUGCAGUGUUUACCUAACUGGAUGGAAUAUUCAAGUGUUUUUGCCUUUUGUAUACAAAGGAGCAGCUGUCAAGUUCUGUUGUCUUUGUCAAGUUUUUACAUAGAAUGUUAGGUGCCUGAAUGAUGACUCCUUCAUUCCAUCUACUUCUAAAUUUUCAUGUAGUAAAAUAAAGUUGCCACAAUUGAUAGCUGGUCAAUUCAGAAUAUUAAGCAACUAGGUUUUUGACCAUGCAGUAAUAGAAACUUGAUGCAGUGAUUCCUGGAAACAAAUAAAUAUCAUGUUACAUGGAAAUGUGCAAUGAAAGUUGAUUUUUAUAACACAUUAUAGAAUGUUGAGUCUGAAUAAAACAGCUUAUUUGCAAAAUUAGUUUACUUUGUAGCAAUUUGUAUUUUUAUAACACAGUGUAAUAAAAAGGUAACAUUGACCAUUAAUGUAAGUAGAUUCUACAAAAUUUGAUUAAGAAGCACAUUUUACUUGUUUUGUGCUAUGAAUAUGAUUUUUGCAGUCUGUGAGAGUGUUUGUACAGGAGGCACUGUGGCCUGAAAUUCAGUAAUAGAUGUUUUGUGAAAAUGGUUGUGAAUUAGACAGUUUUUUUCCUUAGUUACAUUUUUUGCUAGAAAUUAAACUGGAAUAUGAAGAUAUGUAUAUUGUACAUUGCACUGAAUGAUUUGGAAUUAUAUUCAUUUGUUCUUUGUUGGUUUUGCAUUCUUUUUUUUAAUUGGUUCUGUCAGUGAGCUGUAACAUACACCUCUCAAGCUGCUGAUUCACUAACAUGUAUCCCAGGGCAUUAAAACAUAAUUGGAAGAAGGAAAAAAGCAAGGAAGAAAAAAAUUGCUAGGCAGAACCUCAGAACCUGGGAUGUGAUAAUUUACUGUCAGGUAAAUUUUUCAUUAUCCACUUUUCUAGGUGCUGGUACAUAGAAAGCCCACUUAUUAAUAUAAUUGGUCUUUCAGGUAGGAAGAAAUUGUCCUUGUAGUAUGUUUUUGAAAAUAUGAUGAUAUUUAAUAUUAUAUGGAAUUCAGAUGAUCAGGGUUUUCCUGUAGCAUAGAGCUCCUGAAAUUAAAGUAAUUGUUAUUGCAUGAAAAUAUGAAGUCCAGAGUUUACUUUUAUAGUAUGCACUUGAGAGGUGUAAUGAAAUUGUUUCAUUGUAAAUGAAUGUGUAUUUCCAAAUUAUAUUUCCAUUUUCUAUUGGUUUACUGUUUCUUUUCUAAACUGCUUUUCUGUUCACCAUAUUAAAAGGAAAAAUAAAA